AGCCAUCUCUCCAGCCCCAUGAAUUCUUUAUAUUGCCUUGUGCCAACACAGUUCUGGCAUGCAGCAGACAUGCAGCAAGCAUUUAAUUGAAAAUUUCUUGCACAAGGUCACUUCAGAAAACUAGCUUCUCAAAGGUUGUUUUGGGAAGCAAGCCAAGGCUGUUGCUUUCAUAUGUCUUUCAGAUUGGCUUUGUCUAGAACUAAACUUACAUUUGUAAGGAAUUAAAUGACUAGUAAAUGUGAGGUCGGGUUGAUCUUUCCAGUGUGCAUCAGAGUGAGUGGUAGUGCACAGUAUAAACCCCACGGUUUUCUGUGAAGAUCACAUUGUGAAUGCUGUGUUUAACUUUUAAGAAAAAUCACAAGUAUUGAUACGGCAAAAAAGGCAUCUAGUCUGAUCUCCAGAGGAGGCUGUGUGUGUGGUGGCCUUCUCACACCGAGGGAGAGAUGGGAUAAUUUAGGCAGGACUGAUACAAAUGCUUAAUUUAAAGAAGAGACAAUAACUGCCCCCUUCUUUUGUCCUCAGGAUCAAAAGAAUCGCUGAACAGUGGACCCAGAGAUCGGUGAAACUAAGCUCUUACCUGACCUCACUGACCAGGCCGACAGCCGCUGAGCUGUGGUCAGGAUGAGUGGACUGGGUGAAAGCUCCUUGGAUCCACUGGCCACUGAGUCUCGGAAACGCAAAUUGCCCUGUGACGCUCCAGGACAAGGUCUUGUCUAUAGUGGUGAAAAGUGGAGACGGGAGCAGGAGAGCAAGUACAUAGAGGAACUGGCCGAGCUGAUAUCUGCAAAUCUUAGUGACAUUGACAACUUCAACGUCAAACCAGACAAAUGUGCCAUUUUAAAGGAGACAGUGAGACAGAUACGCCAAAUAAAAGAACAAGGGAAAACUAUUUCCAGUGACGAUGAUGUUCAGAAAGCUGAUGUGUCUUCUACAGGGCAGGGAGUCAUUGAUAAAGACUCUUUAGGACCGCUUUUACUACAGGCACUGGAUGGCUUUCUGUUUGUGGUGAACCGAGAUGGAAACAUUGUAUUCGUGUCAGAAAAUGUCACACAGUAUCUGCAGUACAAGCAGGAGGACCUGGUUAACACAAGUGUCUACAGCAUCUUACAUGAGCAGGACCGGAAGGACUUUCUUAAACACGUACCAAAAUCCACAGUUAAUGGAGUUUCUUGGACGAAUGAGAACCAGAGACAAAAAAGCCAUACAUUUAAUUGUCGUAUGCUGAUGAAAACACAUGAUAUUUUGGAAGACACGAAUGCCAGUCCUGAAACUCGCCAGAGAUAUGAAACAAUGCAGUGCUUCGCCCUGUCUCAGCCUCGCGCUAUGCUGGAAGAAGGGGAAGACUUGCAGUGCUGUAUGAUCUGUGUGGCUCGCCGUGUGACUACAGAACGGCCGUUCCCAUCCAGUCCUGAGAGCUUUAUAACCAGGCACGACCUUUCAGGGAAGGUUGUCAAUAUAGAUACAAACUCACUUAGAUCUUCCAUGAGGCCUGGCUUCGAAGACACAAUCCGAAGGUGUAUCCAGAGGUUCUUCAGUCUGAAUGACGGACAGUCAUGGUCCCAGAAGCGUCACUAUCAGGAAGCUUACAUUCAUGGCCAUGCAGAGACCCCAGUGUAUCGAUUCUCAUUGGCUGAUGGAACUAUUGUGAGUGCUCAGACAAAGAGCAAACUCUUCCGCAAUCCUGUAACGAAUGAUCGUCAUGGCUUCGUCUCGACCCACUUCCUUCAGAGAGAACAGAAUGGAUGUAGACCAAACCCGAAUCCUGUAGGACAAGGCAUCCGGCCUCCUGCAGCAGGGUGUGGCAUGAGCCUGUCUCCAAGUCAGAGUGUGCAGAUGCUGGGCAGCCGGACCUACAGUGUGGCAGACCCCAGCAACACAGGGCAGAUGGGUGGAGCUAGGUAUGGGGCUUCUAGUAGUGUAGCCUCGCUGACCCCAGGACAAAGCCUACAGUCGCCAUCUUCCUACCAGAGCAACAGCUAUGGGCUCAACAUGAGCAGUCCCCCACACGGCAGUCCUGGUCUUGGCCCCAACCAGCAGAACAUCAUGAUUUCUCCUCGUAAUCGUGGGAGCCCAAAGAUGGCCUCACACCAGUUCUCUCCUGCUGCAGGUGUGCACUCGCCCAUGGGCUCUUCUGGCAACACAGGGAGCCACAGCUUUUCUAGCAGCUCCCUCAGUGCCUUGCAAGCCAUCAGCGAAGGUGUGGGAACCUCUCUUUUAUCUACUCUGUCUUCACCAGGCCCCAAAUUGGAUAACUCUCCCAAUAUGAAUAUAAACCAGCCAAGUAAAGCGAGCAGUCAGGAUUCUAAGAGCCCCCUAGGCUUAUACUGUGAACAGAACCCAGUGGAGAGUUCAGUGUGUCCAUCAAACAGCAGGGAUCACCCCAGUGACAAAGAAAACAAGGAGAGCAGUGGGGAGGCGUCAGAGACUCCCAGGGGACCCCUGGAAAGCAAAGGCCACAAGAAACUGCUGCAGUUACUCACAUGCUCCUCGGAUGACCGAGGCCACUCCUCCUUGACCAACUCUCCCCUGGAUUCAAAUUGCAAAGACUCUUCCAUUAGUGUCACCAGCCCCUCUGGAGUGUCGUCCUCGACAUCAGGAGCAGUGUCUUCCACCUCCAAUGUGCAUGGGUCUCUGUUGCAAGAGAAACACCGGAUUUUGCACAAGUUGCUGCAAAAUGGCAACUCACCAGCGGAGGUCGCCAAGAUCACUGCAGAAGCCACUGGGAAAGACACUAGCAGUACUGCUUCCUGUGGAGAAGGGAGUGUCAGGCAGGAGCAGCUGAGUCCUAAGAAGAAGGAGAAUAAUGCCCUUCUUAGAUACCUGCUGGACAGGGACGACCCCAGUGAUGUGCUUGCCAAAGAGCUGCAGCCCCAAGCGGACGGAGGGGACAGUAAACUGAGUCAGUGCAGCUGCUCCACCAAUCCCAGCUCCGGCCAAGAGAAAGACCCGAAAAUUAAGACAGAAGCAAGUGAGGAGGUUCACUUUCAGGUAUCGGGAGACCUGGAUAACCUAGAUGCUAUUCUUGGAGAUUUGACUAGUUCUGACUUCUACAACAGUCCUACAAAUGGCAGUCACCCAGGGGCCAAACAGCAGAUGUUUGCAGGACCAAGUUCUCUGGGUUUGCGAAGUCCACAGCCUGUGCAGUCUGUGCGCCCUCCAUAUAACCGAGCGCUGUCUCUAGACAGCCCCGUGUCUGUUGGCUCAGGUCCGCCAGUGAAGAACGUCAAUGCUUUCCCUGUGUUACCAAAACAGCCCAUACUGGCUGGGAAUCCAAGAAUGAUGGAUAGUCAGGAGAAUUACGGUGCCAAUAUGGGUGGACCAAACAGAAACGUUCCUGUGAAUCCGACGUCCUCCUCAGGAGACUGGGGUUUGGCGAACUCAAGGGCCAGCAGAAUGGAGCCUCUGGCUUCAAGUCCCCUGGGAAGAGCUGGAGGAGACUACAGCGCAGCUUUACCAAGACCCGCCUUGGGGAGCUCAGGGCCUACCUUGCCACUUCGUUCUAAUAGACUGCCAGGCGCAAGACCAACGUUGCAGCCUCAGCCGCAGCAGCAGCAGCAGCAGCAGCAACAACAGCAGCAGCAACAGCAGCAACAGCAGCAGCAGCAGAUGCUUCAAAUGAGAGCUGGUGAGGUUCCCAUGGGAAUGGGCGUCAGUCCCUAUAGCCCAGCAGUGCCAUCUAACCAACCCGGAUCGUGGCCAGAGGGCAUGCUCUCGAUGGAACAAGGUCCUCAUGGGGCUCAAAAUAGGCCUCUUCUUAGAAAUUCCCUGGAUGAGCUGCUCGGGCCGCCUUCUAACCCAGAAGGCCAGAGUGACGAGAGAGCUCUGCUGGACCAGCUGCACACGCUCCUGAGCAACACGGACGCCACAGGCCUGGAGGAGAUCGACAGGGCCCUGGGGAUUCCCGAGCUCGUGAGUCAGGGACAAGCUUUGGAGUCCAAACAGGAUGUUUUCCAAGGCCAAGAAGCAACAGUAAUGAUGGAUCAGAAGGCUGCACUGUAUGGACAAACAUACCCAGCUCAGGGUCCUCCACUGCAAGGAGGCUUUCACCUUCAGGGGCAGUCCCCGUCUCUGAACUCUAUGAUGAGUCAGAUUAGCCAACAAGGCAGUUUUCCUCUCCAAGGCCUGCAUCCUAGAGCCAGCAUGGUGAGACCAAGGACAAACACCCCGAAGCAGCUGAGAAUGCAGCUUCAGCAGCGGCUGCAGGGCCAGCAGUUUUUAAAUCAGAGCCGGCAGGCACUGGAGAUGAAGAUGGAAAACCCCACUGGUGGUGCUGCUGUGAUGAGGCCCAUGCUGCAGUCCCAGCAGGCUUUCUUUAAUGCCCAAAUGGCUGCCCAGCAGAAACGAGAGCUGAUGAACCAUCACCUGCAGCAGCAGAGGAUGGCGAUGAUGAUGUCACAGCCACAGCCUCAGGCCUUCAGCCCACCUCCCAACGUCACCGCUUCCCCCAGCAUGGACGGGGUCCUGGCAGGCUCAGCAAUGCCACAAGCCCCUCCACAACAGUUUCCAUAUGCGACAAAUUAUGGAAUGGGACAACCGCCAGAGCCAGCCUUUGGUAGAGGCUCUAGUCCUCCCAGUGCAAUGAUGUCAUCAAGAAUGGGGCCUUCCCAGAAUGCCAUGGUGCAGCAUCCCCAGACUGCACCCAUGUAUCAGUCCUCAGAGAUGAAAGGGUGGCCGUCAGGGAACUUGGCCAGGAAUGGUUCUUUUCCCCAACAGCAGUUUGCUCCCCAGGGGAACCCUGCAGCAUACAACAUGGUGCACAUGAACAGCAGUGGUAGUCACUUGGGACAGAUGACCAUGACCCCCAUGCCCAUGUCUGGCAUGCCGAUGGGUCCUGAUCAGAAAUACUGCUGACAUCUCCCUGGUGGGACCGAGAAGGAAAUCACUGUACAGAUGACACUGCACAGGACCAUUGGGACAUAAGGAGUCAUUGUCUAGGCAUCCAGCUUGGAAGCAAGGCCAGCGUGACCACCACCGGGUGUUCCCAAGUGCUGUCAUCUGAGCAGAACUGGGUCUCAAGCUGAAGCGCACUGUCUACCUGAUGCCCUGCCUCUGUGUGGCAUGGCGUUCUGCCUCAUGAGGAUGUGAUCUGGAGAUGGGGUGUUCAUGAUCACCACUCUCUUACGUCACUUCCUUCUGCCCCACCAGCCAAAGUCUUCACAUAAAUCUAGAUGGCUAGGGUUUCUGUCCUGCAGCACUGGAAGGGGAGCACAGAUUGCCUUGAGGCAGCAAGUGGCCCUGUGUCCUCUCCUGUCAGUGCAAUCAGUGUUUCUACACUCGUGUCCUUUACAGGGGUAGUCCCCAGAGUCUGUUGUCCUGGAUCUCCUCCUGAGGAGGUCCCCAUACCCCGUAAUUCUCAAGGAUUUGUCAUUGAUGUUUAAUGGCUUUGCAGAAGGGAAAAUGAGGUGGCAAUAUUGAAUUUUCCCGCCCCAAUGUGCAGCCAAGUGCACUUUACUGAGGAAGUCACGGAGAAAUGCAAUGUUCUUGAGGGCAUGAGGAAUGGUGAACCACAUUCCUGGUUUUUGUCUGCACUAAUCUGUUAGGACAAGAACAUGAUUGUUUUUUGUUUGUUUGUUGUUUCUUUCAAGUACUACGCCACCCUUGCCUAUAUGGUAGAGCAAUAAUGCUUUUGAAAUAAACUUGUGAAACCCACGGCCAGGUACUGCACUCUGAAUCAGAAGCUAGCAGUGCUUCUGUGAAUACACUUCUUUUUGUAAAUAUGAUCUUUUAAGAUAUUGUAUUAUGUAAAAAUAUGUACAUACCUUUUUUUGUAGGCCACAGCAGCUCAUUUUUACAGAGUUUGUGAAACUAAAUAUUUAACAUUGUCGAUUUCUGUAAACUCCAUGCAGUGAGGCUACAAGCAGAGGAGAGAGACGUCAGCAGUGCCCCGCCUGCGGGCAGGGCAGCCUGCCACUCCCUCGCUUCACAGGCCUCACUCCUUGAUCUCUUAAUCUAAAGGCUUUUUAAAGCGAUCAUUUGUUUAGAUGUAGGCAUUUAAAUUUUUUAAAAAAUUUCUUUACCAGAGAACUACGCACUUUGUUAAUUUUUGGGGGAAAGAAUAGAUAUGGGGAAAUGAGCUUUAAAACAAAAACAAAACAAAAAACAAACAAAAAGCGCCAAGAGUUUAAAAGUUUAAAGACAAACAAAACCGAAGCAAAUUGAUUUAAAAAAGAAUCUUGUGGUUUUUUGUUUUUUUUUUUAAGCAGUCCAUAAAUUAAACGAUAAUAAUUUUGGAAAACUUGAGUAUGUAGCCCGGGUGAUUCCUGUUGCUUAGGACUGAGCCCCACAUUUAGGUCAAAGGCCCUGGGCCCUUGCUGUGUGUGGUCUGGUGUCUGCCCAGCUCUCCUGUUGCUCAGCUCAUGGGGUCUCUUCCUACCUCUCCAUGGCAUCAGGGUGCUGAGUUAGAGUGACACCUCAGCCUGUGCCAGCCCCUCCCGCCACCUCUCUGCCUCCUGUUGGCACCUGUCCUAGUCAGUUUGGAGUAGGGAAACCAAGCGUAUGUAACACCCUUUUUUUGGAUUUCUUAGGUUCAAACAGUUAGAUGACAUUAGGUUAUUAGAACAUCUGUAGCUUUCAAGUCUCUGGUGUCAUUUUCUGAGAGCCAGUUAGUGUUUCAAAGUCAGACGUCUAACCAGCUCUCCAUCUCCCGGAAGGGAGCACCACUUCGUUCUCAGAGCUCUCUGUGAGUAAAACUUGAGUUUCCAGACCCCCCCACCCCCAGGGUGGAUUAGGUCAUAAUGGACACCCCCUGUGAUUGACCCACUGUCCCUCCGCCCUAUUUCAUUGUGUGCUGUUCUUUGCAGGUAACACCUUCAGAGCUGGCCGGGCGGGGCUGAACCUUCCUCGCUUAGGUGUGUAGGCCAGGGUGGUGCUCCUCCCCUUGGAAAGACAUUUAAAACCCAACUCUGGUUCUUCCAGCACCCCGGCUCCAAGCUAACUGGUUGGCACCUCCUUUUUGUAUGGGGAGAAAAAUGAAGUUUAUUAUGUUUUUAUAUUUUCUACUUCCUGAUUUUUAUCGGUGCCAGUUCAAAAUUCUGAUUUCCUUUUACUAGCCUUUGGGAUGAUUUGUUGUUACCUGAAUUGCCCUUUAAUCUUUUUGGGUCAUUCUCUUUGUACUUUUCUUGCCUACCUCGCCUCCCCUCCUCCCCAGCCCCUCGUUAAACCUAGGUGUCUUUGGGGCAAACAGUAUAAAAGUAUUCUUUUCAUCUGCUUUUACGAUGUGGGGACAUUUUCAGUACCUACUUUUUUGCUGAAUCCAAAGAUAUAUAAAUAAAAAAAUGUAUUAUUUUAUGAAGAUCAAAAUGAUAUUAAGGAUACACGUUUCUUCAAAAAUAAACGAAGCUGUACUGUUUCUGUUGGUAUUAGAGCGCUUCCUCUCCAGACUGCCCCCGUCGGCUCAUCAAGAGGAGACGCCGAGGUGACUCGGGGGCCACGCAGAGGGUUGCCACUUAACAACUUGCCCAUCCAGUCCCUUUCUGUCUAUGGCAGUCGAGGGUUCUGUCCCCAAGCCUAGCUUAACCAGGAGCAAACCUCUAGGCUGGCUGAAAUCUGGCCCUGCCUUGAAGCACAGGGGUUUUUACCUCCAGCGCAGGCGAUUAAAAACAGGGCUGAGUUUUGUUUUUCUUUGCCUCCUCCCUUUUCCUCUUCCUUUGAAAAUUCGGAGUUUUGAAGAAGACAGGAAAUGUCACUCCAAGAGCAGUAAAUUCUCAGGAACUGACCGACACCACUGAGAACACAUUGGGGGGUUAAUCACGGUUAUAUUAAGUGUCACUUCAGACGAUGUCAUCCUUUACACUGCAAGGAGUCAAAACCACGUCGACGUCGGUGACUCAGUUGGAUAGAGCUUUGGACGCCUUGCCGACUGUCUGGAUGCUCUUGUAAAUAAAGGUUUCUAUUUAAACCUCA